AUGUCCGAAGAAGUUAAGAAGGAUCCAGUUGAACAAAUUUCUCAAGGUGUCGAACAAGUCAUCUUGGGAGAAGAUGGCCAACCAUUAUCGAAGAAAGCUUUGAAGAAGUUGCAGAAGGAGCAAGAGAAGCAAAGAAAGAAGGAGGAAAGAGAGCGUCAAUUGGCAGCUGAAAAAGAGGCUCGUGAAAAGGAAGCUGCUGCUAAUGACACUGCUAAGGAAAACUACGGUAAGGCACCAUUAGUGCAAUCCACCACUAAAACUGGUAUUGAAAGAGUGCAUUUCGAAGAUUUGGAUGAAGCAAAGCACGAUGGCCAAGAAGUUGUUUUCAGAGCUAGAGUUCACAACUCUAGACAGCAAGGUGCUACUUUGGCUUUCUUAACUUUGAGACAACAAGCUGAAUUAAUUCAAGGUUUGGUUAAAGCCAACAAGGAGGGUACUAUUUCAAAGCAAAUGGUCAAGUGGGUUGGUUCUAUCAACCUUGAAUCUAUUGUUGUUGUCCACGGUAUUGUUAAGAAGGUUGCUGAGCCAAUCAAGUCUGCUACUGUGCAAAACCUGGAAAUUCACAUCACCAAGAUUUACACUAUCUCUGAAACUCCAGAACAAUUGCCAAUUUUGAUUGAAGACGCAUCUCGUUCUGAAGCCGAAGCCGAAGCUGCUGGCUUGCCAGUUGUCAAUUUGGACACAAGAUUGGACUCCAGAGUUAUCGACUUGAGAACAGUGACAAACCAAGCUAUCUUCAGAAUUCAAUCUGGUGUCUGUGCCUUGUUCAGAGAAUUCUUGAGCAGCAAGAAGUUUACUGAGGUGCAUACUCCAAAAUUGUUAGGUGCUCCAUCCGAAGGUGGUUCUAACGUCUUUGAAGUGACAUACUUCAAGGGUAAGUCCUACUUGGCCCAAUCUCCUCAAUUGUACAAGCAACAAUUGAUUGCCGCUGACUUUGAAAGAGUCUUCGAAGUAGCUCCAGUGUUCAGAGCUGAAAACUCCAACACUCACCGUCAUAUGACCGAAUUUACCGGUUUAGACUUGGAAAUGGCAUUUGAAGAACAUUACGAUGAAGUUGUUGACCUAUUGGGAGAAUUGUUCGUCUUUAUCUUUUCUGAAUUGAAGACCAGAUAUGCGAAGGAGAUUGCGCUAGUUCGUAAGCAAUAUCCUGUUGAAGAAUUCAAGCUACCAAAGGACGGAAAAAUGGUCCGUAUUCCAUUCAAGGAAGGUAUUGCUAUGCUAAGAGAGGCUGGUAAGGAAAUCGAUGACCUAGAAGAUUUGUCCACAGAAAAUGAAAAGUUCUUGGGUAAAUUGGUCAGAGAGAAAUACGAUACCGAUUUCUACAUCUUGGACAAAUUCCCAUUGAACAUUCGUCCAUUCUACACCAUGCCAGAUGCAGAAGACUCUCGCUACUCUAACUCCUAUGAUUUCUUCAUGAGAGGUGAAGAAAUCUUGUCUGGUGCUCAACGUAUUCACGAUGCUGAAUUGUUGAGAGAAAGAAUGAAAGCCCAUGGUGUUCACCCAGAAGAUCCUGGUCUAGAAGACUACUGUAACGCUUUCACUUACGGAUGUCCUCCACAUGCUGGUGGUGGUAUUGGUCUAGAAAGAGUUGUUAUGUUCUACUUGGACUUGAAGAACAUCAGAAGAGCUUCCUUGUUCCCAAGAGACCCAAAGAGAUUGAGACCAUGA